AGAUGGAGCGUGGUAGACAUUCUGUAGAUGUGAGUAAUCUCCAACGCAACCGCAAGAGGGAGAUUGCAUCGACUCGAUCUACUUCACGCAAAGGCAAAGGUAAAGCGCGGGCCGAGUCUUCUUUUCAAAGUCGAGAUGAUUUUGAAACGGACUACCAACGGCGAGAUGGUAUGAUGAUGUCCGACGAGGAACUACAACACCUAUUGUCCCAAAAUGAUCCACGUUUUGCACAAGAACAACAAUUCCCGACAACCAUCGAUGAAGAGGAGCUCGAGGAUGACAAUGGGGAGGAGGACGCGGGGGGCGACGGGACUCCGGAUGAUGAGCAAGAGGACGAGGGCCCUUCAACGACUACAACCCAAAUUUGUAAGAAAUCUAAAUCUGCUAUUAUUGAAAACAAUUAUACAAAAAGGAAAGACGAAAAAACCGAAAAAUGGUACGCAAGUUGCAAUCAUUGCAAGAAAGAGUUUAGCUUGGGAAUUUCUGGCGGAUACGGGAGUGUCAAAACACAUCUUCAGUCCGCCCACUUUAUGGAGUAUGCGAAAAUAGACAAAGGAAAGGGGAAGCAAACACAAAUAUCAAGUUGGUGAUGACUUUGACGUUCUUAAGUGGUGGAAGGAAAAUGAAAGAACAUUCCCGAUUUUAUCAAAGAUGGCUAAGCAAGUACUAGCAAUGCCAAUAUCAACCGUUGCCGUGGAACAAGAAUUUAGUGCGGCCGGCAACGUCCUAACCGAUUAUAGAACGAGGUUGAGCCCGAGCUCUCUUGAGACACUAGUUUGCUUUCACGAUUGGUUGAAGGCCCAACGAAGAACUCAAGAAAUUACCAUCACUCCCUCCCGCCACUUUAUGGAAGAAACAACCGAAGGCGGAGAGUCCGAUUGAUUUUUUAUUACAAAAUGUAUUACAUUUUUUA